AUGACAAGUAACGAUGAUAGAUUUGGGACAAAGUUUGAAUAUGAUCCACUAUGGAAAGGACCAAUGACGAUAAGCAGAAGGGUCACUGAUCGAAAUUGGUUGAUCGUCUUUAUUUCUUACUUUGUCAUCUAUUUUGUAUGUGCUAUUUAUGCUUUUGUUGCUGGAGAUCUCAGAAAACUAGACGAUCGUUUAGACAGUACUGGUCACACAUGUGGAAUCGAUCGAGAUGUUAUUGAUAAACCAUACAUAAUGUACCUGAAUUUGAGGCAGGCCGCGCGAUCAGAUUAUUCUCCUAGAAUUUGUGUAUCGGAAUGUCCAACUGAAAAUUUCCGAUACGACAAGACUGAACCAGUUAAUGAGAUAAGGAAGAAAUUAAUUUGUACGGCUGAUGUUAAUGUCACAUGUAUUCAAACAAUUCAUGACAUCGACAUUUUGAUGGCCAAUGAUAAAUGUGCCCAAUGGUAUUUAAAAAGCUAUCCUAUCCUCGGUAGGUGUAUAGCUUACAAUUCAUGGGAAGGACAUAAAUAUGAAAGAAUCUCAAAACUCGAUGGUAACGUAUUAAAUGGAGAAUAUUAUAUGAAGAAAUUUUACAGAAUCAGCAAAUCGGUUUGGCUCCCAGUCUUAUCGAGUAUUUUUUUUACUAUCAUACUUACGUUGUUAAGUGUGCUUCUAUUCAGAUGGUUCGCCAAAUUAUUUUUUUACACAUCGAUUUACUUGUUCAUUGCUAUGUUAACAAUUGCAAUCUACUUCUUGACUGAUAAAUAUAUAAGAGAAUCCAAGUCACCUAAAAUAAACUUAAUAGCGAUUAUCCUGUGUGUGUUCAUUUUAAUUGCUAUCGUAAUAGCAGUCCUCUAUGCUCGCAAAAAAAUCCAUUUAGCAUGUUUGUUAGUCCAACAAUCCGCCAAGGCAGUGAUACAUUUGCCAGCAACGAUAGUUUAUCCAUGGGUUACGGGUCUACUUCAAAUUGCAAUUUUCAUCUUCGCUAUUAUAUUCUUUUUGUAUCUUGUAACAAUUACGAAACCAAGCUAUACGAUUCAAACUUGGUUUGACGAUGAUCGUUAUAGAUGUUAUUGCAACAAUAAUUACUACAGCAUUGGAGAUUUUUGUAACCCCGAUGAGUUCAAUUAUGAGUGUACUGACAGAGGAUACGAUUGCGAAUUUAAACGUUGUGGAUUAAACGUUGACAGAAUGCCCGUUGCUUCGUAUUUUAUUCAUAUCAUCAAUAUCUUUGGUUCGACGUGGCUCAUUUACUUUUUUAAUGGCUUGGAAUUCAUGGUUCUCGGCGGUACUUUUGCAACAUGGUAUUGGACUCUCCAAAAAAGUGAUGUUCGAAAUUACGCUUUAAUUGAAAGUUUAGCCAGAGCUAUCCAAUACCAUCUGGGAACAAUAGCUCUUGGCUCACUCGUAUUGAUGUUCACUCACUGCAUAAAUUUAUUCAUACAUGCUGUGCAGAAAGUAGGAGAAUCAAGGCAACUCUCUUUGCACAUGCUAGGCUUUCAAAGUAACAUGUUUCGGGAUAUCAUAAAAUUUUUAAACAAAAAUGCCUAUAUCAUGUGCGCCAUGCACGGCAAGAACUUUUUUCAAUCUGCAAAAAGUGCUUUCAAUUUGAUAAUGAGAAAUUUGACGAAAGUUAUUAUCGUCCACGAGAUUGCAGAAAUAAUGUUCAUGGUGGCUGAAUUACUUAUUAUCUAUAUAGUUAUAGACGGUCUCAUAAUGCAUCUCAACAACACACUAUCAGAUGAUUCUGAUGAUAAAUAUUGGAUAUUUUGGAUCACAAUAAUAGUCUCUCUUAUUGGUAUAAUAACGGUUGCUAAUGCCUUCUUCGAUGUAAUAAAUAACGCAGUCCAUACUAUUUUUCUAUGCUUCAUUGAAGAUACAGAACGCAAUGAUGGCUCCACUCAAAGACCUUAUUAUAUGAGUACCAAGCUUGAAGAAGUCCUGCAAAGAUAA